CUGGCUGUGAUAAGUAUAGUGACGUUAGUGGGUAAUAUGCUUAUUGUCAUAGCCUUCAUAAAGACUCCCAGCCUACGGACAAGCACCAAUUACUACAUCGUUAACAUGGCUGUCUCUGACUUCCUCGGACCGUUUUUUAGUUGGCCGCUCUACACCAGUGAUGGAAUGUUGGCACCUAACGUCUUUAUCAGUGGGUCUUUAGCUUCUGCGGUUUGCAAAGUGGGAAUGUACCUUAGAGCGGUUUCACUUGCCGUGUCCGUCCUGAGCCUUGUGUUAAUUGCCUUGGACAGAUUUGUUGCGACAGUUUAUCCUUUUAAAGCAAUGAUGAUAAUGAAUGUAAGAAUUCGGGCGCUCUUUCUGGCUCUAUCUUGGAUAAUACCUAUUUUUUGGGGUAUGCCUUACGUUCUUUUUGCCAAAAUAAUCAAAAUAGACGACUAAACGUUUUGCAGAUUUAUGAUGAGCGACGGGUCUAUGACAAUUUUCAAUAGCUUUGGUAUAGUUCUGUUAUAUGUUUUUCCUCUUGUCACGAUUAUAGCGUUGUACUUUAUGAUUGUUAGAGCCUUAAAAAAGACGCCAAACGUGCUGAAAGGUCAUGAAGACGCGAAACGACGCAAACAGAACCACAGAAUUGUGAAGAUCUUGAUAUCAAUCGUGUUUGCAUUUUUUAUUUGUUGGACUCCUCUUUGUGUUUAUUUGAUUCUCAAAAAACUACACCCAUCUUUGUUCUUGAAGGACAAUUGUUUAUUUCUCGCUGGUUUUUGUUACUACGUCUUUCCAUCUUUGAGUACAGCAGUUAACCCCGUCAUCCUUUUCGUAUUUGGCACAAAUUAUAAUCAAGCCUUACGGACUCUUUGUCCAGCUCUAUUUUGUACUUGUAAAUGUGCAUCAAGAGUGAAACAGCUUUCGUGUUUGGUAUGAAUUGUGACCAAAUCCUUGAAGAACUUCCCACUACAAUGUUUGUCCGCUUGUAACUAACUGCAUUUUUGAAGAGAUACAACUUGAGCCUGAUCAAGAAUCAGUAGCAACACAAACUGUUAAUGUAGAAAUGACAGAUAUAAAAAGAACGUGUUAAUCUAUGCUUCUUUAAAAGUAUACUGAAUUUUUUUUUAAUAAUGUCAAGUCCUUAGAAUAGUGUUGCUACGGUAGUACAUGUAUAUAUGCUACUCCUCAUCUAGAAUAAGUCGAUAGUGCACUAAGCAGGUUCCAAAUUAAGUCGAAAUAUUUUAACCAUUCACUGCCCCAGCUUUAUAAGAACUUUGGCAAUGUCAUCUGAUCUGAAUAACACGCUUUAUGAUUGGUGUUUCCAGGCCGAAAAGUACUUGUACUUUUAUGUAUAUCACAGUAAUGAAGGUACCUUGUUUUGCUUGUAGUUAAGGGGAAUGGCACACAGUGGGACUGAGCUAUUGUUUCAGGUGGUCCCUCCCAACAAAUCAUUGCAGUGAGGUUCGUAUCCCCAAAUUCCCAAUUCAAUGACCAAUUAAUUGCCAAAGUAGCCUUUAUUGAAUUAGGUGUAUAUGCAGCCUGAAUUACGAGCAAGAGGUAGAAAUCUUGACAUUUACUACUAUUAAUAGUGAUCAUGAAUUGUAAUUACUGUAGGGCAGUGGUUAUUUCACAACAAUAAAACUGAGUUUUCGAGUUUAAUUUAUGUUCUUAUUACUAGAACAGUGUUGAAAGUCAUAAAAACGUUCGCCUCCGGCGGCCAUCAUCAUCAAUAACGAAAACAACCUAGUGAUAAUUGAAGUACACUAUCAUAGAGUCUCCCAAAAUAUCUUUCUCAAUGGGAUCCUUCCCUCUUAUCACGAAUUCGAGAUCCAAGCGGCAGGUCCUACUCCAUCGAUGCCGUGCCCAAUCCUAUGCAGGAGUUUGUAGGUCCGAGGCCCCGAGAUACUUAGUUUCAAUUAAGAUGCGGACGUUUGUCGUAACCGGCUCAAGGUCUUGAUCUACCAAGGACUGACUAAUAGAAGGGAUGAAUCGAAUGCGAGUACACUCCUGUGCUUGUACCCAGACACCGCGGAUGAAGGCUCCGGCACGGGAUUGUCAGUUCAAGAAUCGUGAGAGAGGACCGCCUGGUACAAAGGGGACUCGUACGUUUUUGACGUAGCGUCUUUAGACUUUAGGGAGACCAUAGUCCCCCCAAACUUUUGUUUUGGUAAGAUCAAUGAGGUUGACGAAAAAAAACGUAUAACGGUCACUUUCAAACGUCUCUUGCGCCACUGUAGCAACGGCGGAAUGGGUUUCAGACGUGAAAUUUAAUUCUGUCGAAAAAAGCAGUCGUAGCUAAAAGUAAAAAGCCGGCUUGGCUAGUUUUAGAAACAAUUAGUUAAGUGAUGCAAAAUGAUUUCUAAUUUAUUAAUCGAGGUCAGCACGCCAACUAGCUGAAGAUGUUUGAAUCUGGCUGGUUUUUGUGUUUGUUUUGAUCCAUGUGGUUGACAAAGAAUCACGCUUCAUGCUUUCAUGUCGACUUGCGUAAAUAGUUUCAUUUAAGCUUAAUGAAAUGGAGCACGAUAUAAUUUGGUAGCAGUCAUAGACGUUUCCUUUCAUGUAUAUGAUGGAAUCUGACCUGCAUUAACUGAGCCCUGACAAAACCUACAAAAAGGGCACGGAAAACAUAUUUUAGUGUAUUUCUUCUUGUAUAGGAUCAUAAUCCGGAUUCAUCUGACUAAAAUUCUUUGGUAGUGCAGCCCUAUCUGGGAGUUCUCCACAUUCCUUUUUCCUUUGCAGUCGCGUCGUUCUAAUCGUGCUCUUUUCUUUUCGCAACAUUACAUCCAGCUUUUCACGCUGAAUUUCUUGCUUUGAACGCCACAUAGAUUAUAAGGUCCCAUGCAAGACAAGUAGAAGUAAUUCUUGUUUAUAAACAGGAAAGUUGUUUUGUAUAUGAAUAUUUUUUUGAUCGCUUUUUUUUCCUUUCUCUAUUACACAUCAUAAUCAGGCAGUAAGAACAUAUAUUCCCACGUGUUGGUUAGCUUAGCCUAUUCAAGGCGUUCAGAUAGUGGAGUGUGGCUCGAAGUCAGAGAGUCAGAGAGCAGAAAAGAAUUAGUGAGGAAGAGAGGGAGAGAGAGAAAGAAGGAAACGCUUUCACUCCCUAUAACUCACCCCCCGCUUUUUUCCUGUUCACAUCUCCUUGCGCAGUCUCCACAAUCUGAAAGCCUGGAUCAUCAAGCUAUAAUUAUCAUUUAUUACUCAUUCAAAAUAUUUCCCCAAUUCUGAUUGGCUAAAAGCACACGCAUAAUUCAUCGUAACCACUUACCGAUGACCAAAUUUGGAAGAAUUUUGUGUUUAACGAGGAAAUGACGUCAAAAAUGCAGCCCGCUACAGGUUAAGGGACCGUUAACCGAGAAGACCUGGGGACGCGGUUGAGUUGUUUUUUUUGUGCUCGUUUUAAGAAUAAGCCUUGAACUACAGCUGGAACUAGGCGAAAUAAUGGCUAAAAACAUAGCAAAAACGGCAAGAAGACAACUCGGAGGGAGACAUCUGCUAUUUGGAGAAUAUUUGCGGAGCUGGACAAACCUAAACGUAUACUAUCGAAGAUAAACAAAACAUCGAUGUAGGUAAGCAUGUUUUAGCUAUGUUUUUAAACUAGGAAUUAUUUUGAAUGAAUAAUUAAGCAAUUAAUGAAUUCGGCUUUCGUAGGAUAUGAAGAGUUAAGCAGAUCUCGGAGGGUGUUAUCCAUCUUGGCCUCCGGCCUCUGUGGAUAACACCUUCCUCGAUCUGCUUAAUUCUUCAUAUCCUACGAAAGCCGAAUUCAUUAAUUGCUACAUUAUAACCCCGGGGGGGGGGGGUAUCUUUUUUUACCCUUUUGUUUCUGUGUCCCUGGUGUGGUCCUUAGAUAGGGUAGCUUAAUUGUAUUAUCUAAUACUGGAGUGUGAAAACGCCCGCCUAAACGAACAUUUUUUUUAAACUAGGCUUAUUUUAGUAUUUUAUGCUUGAUGCUAUAUAUCCAACGUUACAGGGAAGAAAUAAAGUUUUCCUUUUCAUGCUAUUAAUAAUUUUGUUUUUUCCUUGAAUAGGGUGCCAUUUUAGGCUUUGGGCCUUCAAAAGGGUAUCAGUUUUCGCUUUCUUAGUCCUUAAAUAGGGUUAGGGUUCACGAACCUUCGAGGGCACACCCCUAUCCAAAAUUCGCGGGAGUACCCCCCCGGAUUAUAACUAGCUAUAUAUAUUUUUUUCACAGAACUGUAUUCGUCUUGUAUUUAUAUCACGCCCACUGGCUUCGAGUUCAGUUACUUGUGUUGAAGAUGAAUUACGUUUCAUCAGAAACAUUUUGGGUUCAUGUCGUGACUUCCUUGAAAAUUAUUUCCUGUCUAACGGCUCUAUGGAAGAAUUAUUAUUUCAAUAUAUAACUCGCCGCCAGAAGAAAACAUUUCUUACAUCGUUGUUUAUUCUAAUUAUUGUUAUUUAUUUUUUAUUUAUACGCGGGCGAACAUCUGUUAAAAGUAUGUGAUAAAAUAUGAAGUACUAAUCAAAAUCAAACUGAUUAACAUGAUUGCCGGAUGGGAGCCUAAUGAAAAAUAGUACGUUUUAUGCUUCGGUUUUAAAAACCCCCAAAGAAGUUACUUUCACUAAGACCCCGAGGUAUGCAGAGAAUUCUAAAAGGCGGCACCGCUAUAUGAAUAGCUUCCCAUCAGACACUCUGUCCUUGGCGUUUCUUUAGGCCCCGUCCGCAAGCAUCCGUUUUUUUGUGUGAUGACGUCAUCGACCUUACCCGGUAGAACCAGCCGUUUUUCCGGGGUAGACACCAGUUUACCCGUAGAAGAUUUACGAGUAGCUGCAAGUCCUACAUGAUGGAGAAACGAGUAAGUUUUUAAGACUUUUUAAGUACAAAUGUAAAUUGUAUGACAUCCUUGGCAAUGUUAUACGCUACUUUUGGAUUAUUUUUUUUUAAAAACGGAGGAAAAAAAUUUCCGUUUUCAAAAAUAUCCGCAUACGUGUGGACGGGACCUUAGUCAAACAAUGUAAUUGGCAAUCAAUGAGGUGUGAAGCCAGGCUGAAUACUAGUUAAAACAGGAAGACAAAGUACAGUAAGUCGAUAUUCAUAUUGAUCGCGAUGCGGCGAGGGUCUCAUUGCUUGCUUUCGCAUUCUAUAAAUGUAGCAUUUCUUUAACUACUUCGUAGGAAGUCAUCGAAGAACACACUUUACAGAGAGAAGGUGGGUUCCCUUUUGAUUUCAGGUAGGUUUAGCUUUUAAUAUGCGACUUAACAAAUGACAAGCAGCACUGGCUAGUUUAGAGAAUACAGAAACUGGCAAGUUUCCUAAAGUAUUAUCAGUGAAGUUUUAAUGGAUAGAUCGAUGUUUUCGGUAAAAGUGGCUUGCUAAUAACUUCUGCUAGUGUUAAACAACAGAUAUCGGGUUCCUACAAAGCAAUAAUAUUUUUAUAAGCCCAGAACUAGGAAAUGAGAAACCCGUUCCGGUGUAGCCCCAUAUAAUCCCUGACGGCUUAAACGUUGGGUUUACAGAGAAAGGAUAUUUCUUACAUGCUGAACAUUAUAACUCAAGCUAUUAGUCGCAUAAUCACUUUUAAGUAACGAAUAUUAGAUUGGCUUCUUAUGCAAAUUUUCAAGCUUCCCUUUUUUCAUGGCAAAAUCUGUCGGCAUCAACAUUAUCUGCGACUGUGAAUAAAUUGAUACCGCUUUCUUGUUACAACUUAGUUGACAUAAUUUAGUCUUUGUUUUUUUAGCAUGGCGCUUUGAUUUAACUUUAUUUGACAAAGUUAAACUUUCCUUGUUGAUGAGUUUUCAAGCACUUUUGGUGUGCAGGAGUUAAACGCUGUAGGCAGCUAAAAGGUGUAGAUACAUGCAGUUGAUGUCAAGGCGGAAAAAGCUUUGUUCCGUGAUUUCCGAGAAGACUUCCUUUCACGCCAGUGCUUUAAGCCACCAAGGAAAUAUUUUACUAAAGAACAGUGCUAGAAAGAAAAAGCACUCAACAAACAUUAUUAAUUAUCCUUGCUAAAUUCUCUACCAGUCAUUUUCAACUGAUUAUUGAAAGAAUGGACAAUAAGUUUACCCUAAAAAAAAUUAGCGAAAGUGUUUGCGAGCACAUGUAGUUCACAGUGAAGUCUCCGACAUGAUAGAAGUCACAUUGGGAAUAAGCUUUGGUCCAUGACUUUCGAAAAGAAUUCUUUUCACCAAAAGCCUUGAAAAGCCUUAAAAGAUCCCAUAACUAGCGACUUAAAGACGAUGAUAAUAUCAGAGAAGCAAUAUUGCACCAAAAAAGACAGCAAAAACCUUGCUUAGUCACUGUAGAACAUAGGAAUGUUGACUUAAGUAUUACCGGAACGAACUAAAGUACUACUCAGAACUGAAAUUUAAGGUAGCUUCGAAAAUUUUUACUUUAUCUCGAAUUCUUACUUUUCCUUGAAUAUAGUAAACGUUUGAGAAAACCAGGUUGGGUGGCGAUCGCUGCAGGCUACAUUUAUAAAGAAAUAAGACGCUCUUCAUCAGAUAUCUAGUAACCUCAUGGUGCCACAUUAACAAUUUACUUUGAAUUUGUGUUAUGCUAGUGCAAAGGAAUUGAAAUUUUUCAUGUUCCUCAUAACUCUAAAGAGCAUGCGCAUUAUGCCAGUCGAUCGGUCGUGUUCUAUUUCAGAAAAAAGGUUCAUGCGCCCAUUAUGAACGUUUGAGGUUUGAAGACCUUCGCGUUUAGUAUAAUUCAAGUUCAAGGAGCUAAUUUGAGGAUUUACGAGUCAUUAAAAUUACGGUCUAUCUUAAUUUUUUCCUCUUAAAAUUCCAGAUUAUCUACCUUAACAGUCUGUCGCAGUCUCAAGCAAGUAACCGAAUGAAUAAUUCCACAGAAGUUCAGUUUAACCCCUCAUUGCAAGGAUGUUCCGCCAUGGUGUCCAUAAUGUUUACAUCAACUCUAUCUGUUAUAAGCAUAGUAGCGCUUGUCGGUAAUAUUUUGGUGGUAGCAACUGUUGUGAAGACCCCCAGCUUACGGACCAGCACAAACUAUUACAUUGUGAACAUGGCUGUCUCCGACCUUCUCGGACCGUUGUUCUGUUGGCUGCUUUACGUCAGCGAAGGAAUGUUGACGCCAACUGUCUUUAUAAGUGGCACUCUGGCUUCAACUGUCUGCAAACUAGGAAUGUACCUCAGAGCGGUGUCACAGAUUGUCUCUAUUCUAAGCCUUGUGUUGAUUGCCUUGGACAGAUUUGUAGCCAUUGUUUUUCCUUUAAAAGCUAUGACGAUAAUGAAUGUAAAAAUGCGGGUGUUUUUUCUGUUACUAUCUUGGUUGAUACCUUUCUUUUUUGUUUUGCCUUACGCUCUUUUUGCAAAAAUUAUCAAAGAAGGUAACCAAACAUUUUGCAGAUUUAUGAUGAGCGACGAGGCUUUGACAAUUUUCAAUGGCGUCGGAAUAGUUCUGUCAUACGCAUUUCCCCUUAUCGCGAUAAUAGCAUUGUACUCUGUUAUUAUUAGAUCCUUAAAAAAGACUCCAAACUUACUGAAGGGAAAAGAAGACGCAAAACGACGCCAGCAGAACCUGAGAAUUGUGAAGAUCCUGAUAUCAAUCGUGUUUGCAUUUUUUGUUUGCUGGACUCCAUUAACUUUAUAUUUUUUGCUGAAAAAGUUANCUUCGCGUUUAGUAUAAUUCAAGUUCAAGGAGCUAAUUUGAGGAUUUACGAGUCAUUAAAAUUACGGUCUAUCUUAAUUUUUUCCUCUUAAAAUUCCAGAUUAUCUACCUUAACAGUCUGUCGCAGUCUCAAGCAAGUAACCGAAUGAAUAAUUCCACAGAAGUUCAGUUUAACCCCUCAUUGCAAGGAUGUUCCGCCAUGGUGUCCAUAAUGUUUACAUCAACUCUAUCUGUUAUAAGCAUAGUAGCGCUUGUCGGUAAUAUUUUGGUGGUAGCAACUGUUGUGAAGACCCCCAGCUUACGGACCAGCACAAACUAUUACAUUGUGAACAUGGCUGUCUCCGACCUUCUCGGACCGUUGUUCUGUUGGCUGCUUUACGUCAGCGAAGGAAUGUUGACGCCAACUGUCUUUAUAAGUGGCACUCUGGCUUCAACUGUCUGCAAACUAGGAAUGUACCUCAGAGCGGUGUCACAGAUUGUCUCUAUUCUAAGCCUUGUGUUGAUUGCCUUGGACAGAUUUGUAGCCAUUGUUUUUCCUUUAAAAGCUAUGACGAUAAUGAAUGUAAAAAUGCGGGUGUUUUUUCUGUUACUAUCUUGGUUGAUACCUUUCUUUUUUGUUUUGCCUUACGCUCUUUUUGCAAAAAUUAUCAAAGAAGGUAACCAAACAUUUUGCAGAUUUAUGAUGAGCGACGAGGCUUUGACAAUUUUCAAUGGCGUCGGAAUAGUUCUGUCAUACGCAUUUCCCCUUAUCGCGAUAAUAGCAUUGUACUCUGUUAUUAUUAGAUCCUUAAAAAAGACUCCAAACUUACUGAAGGGAAAAGAAGACGCAAAACGACGCCAGCAGAACCUGAGAAUUGUGAAGAUCCUGAUAUCAAUCGUGUUUGCAUUUUUUGUUUGCUGGACUCCAUUAACUUUAUAUUUUUUGCUGAAAAAGUUACACCCAUCUCUUUUCAAAGAGGACAAAUGUUUUUAUAUCCUAGGUUUUACUUUUUAUGUCUUCCCUUCUUUAAGUACUGCUGUUAAUCCCAUCAUUCUUUUCGUGCUUAGUACAAAUUAUAAUCGAGCUUUGAAGGUUCUUUGCUCAUUCGAUUUUUCUGUUUGUAAACGUGAAAGUGAAGAGAAGCAGCUUGGGCAGCCUGAACCAUUGGCAACAGAAAAUGUAAAAGUAGAACUGACAGAAAUUAAACCGCACUGUUCGUGA